UUUGUCAACAAUUCAUGUCAAGCAUUUGGCUGGCAGGGCUGGGGUUCUAUUUGCUUUGUCACUUAAAACGGCAUUUCGCCACAAGAGGCCUCCCACUAACCUUCUACAUCGAUGCAACUAAGACGCAUCUACAGUUAUCACAACAGCUUUGUAUUAGCAACGUAACGGCUUGGUCGCUUCAGGACUCAUGCCAGACAUCAACAUGAUUCCCGAACAUGCAGAAAGAAUCCGAUCAUAUUUAUUGGCACACUCUCCUGAUGCCGUUGUCUCCAGGGAGCUGUGGUCCUGCUCGGCAGGCACCUACUCCUCCUUCCGAGAGGUCAUCCGGGCGCGCAAGCAGCAGCAGCUGCACCUCCAGGCGGCCGCAGCGGGCAGCCCAGCAGGCGGGGGACUGCUGGGAGCGCCCGGCAGGCUGCCUCGCGCCGCGGCCUCGCCGCACUCGCUGCCCGCAACGGUCAAGUACUCCUUCGAAGGUGUGAAACACGUGCUGGCGGAGGCGGCUGGCGCGGUGACGGCGGUCUCCUUUGCGGCGCUGCGGUCGGACCUACUGGCGUUCGGCUGCUCGGACGGGGAAAUCUGGCGAGUGGCGCUGCCGCCGGCUGCUGCGGGGCCGGCGGCGCAACCCACUUGCAUCAAGGCUCGCAAGAUGCACGGCAGGGCCGUACAAGCGGUUGACUGGGCGUACGACAACAGCCAACUGCUGUCGGUCGGGCUGGACGGCUCGUUGUGCGUGUGGGACGCCACUGACCCCGCGCUGCCAUGCAUUCGCAGCAUUUACAUGCCCACCACAGCCUUCCUCUGUGGCAGGUUUCAUCGAGUUAACUUCAGUCUUGCGUUGGUCGGCACCUCCGGAGGCACUGUGGAGGUCUAUAAUUGCAGCAAUGGCAUCCUCCACAGUCGCUACCAAGUAGCUCAGGCGGGGUCGGGAGUGCAGGUGACAGCUCUGGACAGCAGCAACCACCACGUCUUCCUGGGCGACUCCGCCGGCACUCUGCACCUCUUCGCAUGCGAGAUGCAGCAGCGGCAGCUCUCGCGGCUGCGACCCACGGGUCGUUUGCGCCUGCCGCUGCCCGGCCACCCGCCCGCGCCUGUGACCGCGCUGCAGUACCUGCCCUUCUGUCGUGCCACGGACAGCCCCGUGCUGAUGGUUGCGUUGCAGGACGGCUCACUGUGCAUCGUGCGAGCUAAUGAGACUCGCCACACUGCAGAGCUGCACCUCCGCCGCUUCAUCCCGCCGCCCUCCGCGGCCUCCGCCGUUGUUAGCCCCCUUGUGUCGCAAGCCUCCUCCGCAUCCUCCACCUCCUCCCUACCACCCCCUUCCCCUACCUCCCCCACCUCCACAUCCUCCUCCUCUGCGCCCAGCUGGCUGCGCCUGCGUCCCUCCGUGUGCCCCCUCUCCGUCAUUCAUGACGUCCCCCUCAUCACGUACGGAUCCGAUGAUACCUCGGUCUACAUAGUGGAUGUGACGGCACGCAGCUUCAGCACCGGGGCGGGCGGGGGUGCAGGGGGAGGUGGAGGAGGGCGGGGCUCGGUGGCCGGGGCUGCUGCUGCGGUUGAUCGGCCGCUGACUGUAACCGUUUUGAAGGCGCACCGGGCCCCCGUCACGGCGGUUGCUUGGAGCUUCGACGAGUCGCUGCUCGCCUCUGCUGAUGCGGUCGGCACGCUAGUGCUGUGGCAGCGUUGCCUGCUGUUCUAGCAAGGCUGGCAGUAAAGGAGGCUUUGGUGGGGGGGGGCGAGGGCUUGGAGCAUAGCCCUUGAUAAUUUCGCUUACUGUCCGAACCUGCGGUAGAACGGCACUGGCACUUGUGCUAUGGAACAUACGACACACUGAGUUUGGUGCGGGAAGGGGAGGCUGGCACGGAAACGGUGGGUUUUGCGAGGAUAUUAUGACUCCGUAGUGUGCUUUCAUGCAUGUAUGUAUCUGUACAGCUAGCUAGCAUGGGUUGCGGGCAUGAGGUGUACAUGCCAGGGAAGUAAGCACAUAAACAGCUGGGCGGUAGCGCCUGAUUUGUGAAAGCAUAAGCAUUUCAGUCUAAGUGCAUAUCCUGCAUUCCGGUUCAGUACUGGGCUGGGACGGCCGUAUCUCAACAUGUGUCCUCGCGUGAUUGUUGUGUUGGAGG